AAGCCGUUCAAUUUUUGAUUAAACACCCCCAAUUAACUCUGCUGCUCGUUCUGAUUUUACGAUGAAAUAACUACUGUUUGUCAUUUAUAGCAUAUGCUUUUUGUAUUUUUUUUAUCAAGCAUGCUGAACGUAUUUACUUUUCUUUCUGAUAGAAUUAAAUCUAAAUUCCUGUUGGACUGACGCUUUCUUACUUUUUUGGGCAUACAUUAACAUAGCCAAUUUAGUGGUUUGCUACGAUUAUAAAAGCGACUCAUAUAUUUUGAUGUCAUUUUUUUCUGUGGAAAAUUUUAUGUUAUUUUAAUACGGAUGUGCAUAAAUACCAUAGCACAUUCCUUUAUGACGAACCGUUUCGAAAACUGGGGCUAACUGCAGUCAUGCAGCUCCGCAUCGAAAGUAACCGGAUCCCGAGACUUCCUUCUGAGUCGUAAUAAAGUUGAAAACACAGAAGGGCGUUCAGACUGGAAGUGGUAAAACGGAACAAUGAGCGCAGUAGCAUCUUACAAUAAAACCCCGAUGUUCAGCUUCUGGAUUUAAUUUAAGACUGUUUGAUUAAACGGGGUGCGUUUUUGGAAACUGGCAAUUCCAUGUGCAAUGGAGUAUUUUUACAACAAAUCUGACACCAUUGGGACAGGAUCUUUCAGUUUCUUUGUUUGAGAUUGCAUGAACUUUACAGAGUUAAUUUUAUGUAAUUAUACAGUAUAUUUUUCUGAACGACUAGGUUUUUGUGAGUAACGCACAGAUACUGGGAAGCCUUUUUCUUGCACGUGAUAUUUUUUGUUGACAGAAAUACCAAACUGACGACGGCAUUCCCUUUCUUCGCUUUCAGUAAGGUGAUUUUUGAAGUCUUUGCGGGCGUGUUGUUGUGCUGUGAUUUGAUCUACGGAUUUAUAUGAUGGCCGCUUCUGGAGUAUCCAAGAGUGACAAGUUGGACGAAGCUCAGGCUCUUGCGAAGAGCUGCGCCGGGAGACCUGACUUUCUCCCAUGCGAUGGACUGUCCAUCUGUGCCACUCACAGUCACGGAAAGUGCUUCAAGCUGCACUGGUGCUGCCACUUGGGUUGGUGUCACUGUAAAUACGUGUACCAGCCCAUGACCAGCGUGUGCCAGCUCCCAAGCACCCCGGUGCCCGCCACACCCUCUGGCAGCAGGGACACCAUCCACCUGUCCGUCUCCCUGACGGAGCGCUUCCUCAGGACCGCGCCCUGCUUCCUGCCCCCGCCCUGCCCGGAGUCGCCCAGGUACUGCGUCAUCUCCGACCUCUUCGUCGACGACUACAUCGUCAAGCGCAUCAACGGCAAGAUGUGCUACGUGCAGCGGCCCCCGCCCGCCCCCGCCCCGGCCCCCGCCCCCGCCUCCCCGCCACCCAAGCUGCCCCCGCCGGCCCUGGGAGCCGAGAGCAAAUGCGCCCCGCCCGCUCAGAAAGCCCAAGCGCCCAAAAUGGACCACUGCUCCUCGCCCUCCAGCUCGGAGGACUCAGGGAUCAACGCGGUGGGCCUACACUACCUGGAGUCGUGCGACGAAGACUCCGAAGAGGAGGACGAAGAUGAGCUGAGCUCCGACGGGGAGUCCAGCCCCAGCAGCCUGGGCGAACAGGACGAGUACUCGCUGCUCUCCCCCUCCAAAUCUACCGUGGAGAUCAUCGAGAAAAUCGAAACGACUGUCUGACCAGACCACUCACACAGGCCUCUCUUACAGCGCUCUACAGCGGACCGAAAAGAGACCUGCGCACAGCCGCUGGAGAGAGCAGCUGCCGGGCUGUCACUGUCACAUUUAGAGGUGGAACUCCCUCUGUCUGCACACACUAGCCUGCAUGGAUGUCCUGACUGGGCUAUCUAGCAUGGUCCUGUAUUUAAAACCAGUCACAAAGUGUCACGUUAACAAGAACUUACAUAAACGCACACGUGGUAUUAUGACCAAACUUAAGCAAGCAGACUGUUAUGAGUAUAUCUAUUGAUAUUUACAUCUAACCAUUAUCUACCGCUGAAUGCAAAAGUAUUUGGACAGUCAUGGCACAUGGCUGCUUUUUCUAUGUACACUCAGUGAUCACUUUAUUAGGCAUUUAUUAGACUUAUUUUCAAGACGUAUUAAGUCUUCUGCUGCUGCAGCCUAUCCACUUUGAGGCUUGACGUGUUGUGGUCUUCUGCAUACCACUGUUGUAAUGUGUGGUUAUUUCCGUUACUGUCACCUUCCUGUCAGCUUCGACCAGUCUGGCCCUCUCCUUUGACCUCUUUCAUGAAAAACGUGUUUCUGCCUGCAGAACUGCUGCUCACUGGAUGUUUUUGUUUUUCGCAACAUUCUCUGUUGUGCGUGAAAAUCCCAGGAUUUUCUCAGCAAUUUCUGAGAUACUCAAACCACCAUGUCUGGCACCAACAAUCAUUCCAUGGUCAAAGUCACUUAGAUCACAUUUCUUCCCUAUUCUGACAUUUGGUCUGAAAAACAGCUGAACCUCUUGACCAUGUCUGCAUGAUUAAAUAUGUGCAUUAAGAAGCUGGUGUACAGGUCUACCUAAUAAAGUGCUCACUAAGUGUAUAUUGUAUUUAAAAUCAAACUCAGUGCCAGAAAUAGUUUUAUUCUUCUGAAAUGCUUAGAUUUAUUUCAUGAACAUGUUGUAUAUUGAACUAUAUUACAACAAAAUGCCAUUCAAUGAAUGAAGUCCCCAAUGCAUAAAGUCCCAAUACUAAUGCUGACUAGGAAUUGGGGGACUUGAGGUAUUGUUGUGAUAUUGCUGUGAUAUAGUUUGUCUACACAAUGUCUGAAACAAAUGGAGGUUGAAAUACAGAUUUGAUUAGUACAGAGGAAAAACAACCAAUUUGACACAGCUGUCCCAAUAUGUCUGCAUUUACCUAUCUGUAAGCCCACGCACCACCAGACAAGCUGAAGGACAUAUUUCCUCUAAAGCAAGAGGAUGCCAUUUUGAUGUGAGUUUGAAUAUGAGCAGUACAAAGAGCUGUGUCUUAUGGGUCCUGACCUUUACAUGAGCAAUCGGGCUAAAUCAUGAGCAAGUGGAAGAAAUCUGAAUGAGACAUUUUGAUGAAAGGCUUUUUAUGAUUCACAUCCAUCAGCCCUCCAUACGUUCCUUUACGACUAGCACCAAGGGCAUUGGAGCACAUUCCGGUUGUCGGCCAUUUUCUUCUGCCAGUCAUACUGCACUACACACACACUCUCUUUGGUGCUCUGAGGGCGCAUGAUGGAAAUGCCUCCAGCCCUUUCGGGGAUGGUCACUAACUUGUAACUACCUUCACAUAAUGUAGGUUUUAAAAAAAAAUGUAAUAGUAAUACUUAGAAUUUUGACAAUCAAAAAGAAUAGAAAACCACAAUCCCUUAUGGUGUACCCAAAUGGACAUGUACAAUAACCCUGCUUGUGUUGCACUAUUGUUGAUGGAGACCUCUCUCAUGAUACAGUUUAACACAUAUGGCCAAUUCUCACCCUUGUAGUACACAAAGCCCUUCCCUGGUGUAAAAUCCAGCUAGGCCAGCUUGAACAGCUUGGAAAUUGUGCUGGACAAGUUGGUCAUAAGCGGGUCUAUCUAGCUAGGUAUGAGCUGGUCAACCAGAUAGUUCUGGUAGCUUGUCUGAGCUGGGAGCUGGUCAAACCAUGUCAACCUGGGAGCUGGUCUGAACUGGUCAACCAGCUAAACCAUGUUGAGCUGGGAGCUGGUCAGAACAGGUGAACCAGGCUACCAGCUGUUUCAAAAGCUAGCUUGAGCUGUUUUUUCAGCAGGAUUAUGUUCAGGGUCACAAUGUUUAUUACAGUGAGAGACUAUGUGCUGACCAAAGCUAUGGUGAAAUCAGUGCUAUGGCAAGUGCUGCUGCUGAAAUGGACCUAUCCUGGUUGUCUGAAUGGAGAGAGAGAGACAGUACUGGAAGAAGAGCACAAGCUGUCCCUGUUGUCAGCAGAGACUGUGAAAGAGGAGCAGAUGUGGCUGCAGCGAAUCGCACUGCCACACUUUAUCAAACAGCGCAGAACCUUGUGAAGCCCGCUGAUGCUCACCAAAAAGCACUUUGUUUAUCGUGCAACCUCAACACUGACGGUGUCACUUUUCACUGUGGUUAUCAAAACUAGAGCACAAACCCUUCAGAUGCUGGGCACUGCACCACCUCUCCAGAGUUUAACACCCACCCCACCGGUGUUCUGGAACAUUCCACCUUGCCCUGAAGGAGACAGGCCCAGUACUCGCGCCAGCCAGCAGACUGAAGCGCUGUAUUGCCUGUGGAAGCAUCCAUUUUCAGGCACAAUUUUAUAACCAUGUAUAAUGAUACACAUGCUUAUGGUAUAUUGUUAUCACAUCUCAACAUACUGUAUUAAAGCCGCUUUCAUAUGAACCAUGGUAGAUUUAUUACUCUUAUUUUCUUAUAAACGUAUCCAAAACACUAAAAGAUUUGUUUUGUUUCUCUUUAAAUAUAUGAGUGUCAUUUACUACAUUUACUGAACUGAACAGAAAGCUGUUAUCAUUA